CAUCACAACAGCUAAUUGUAGCAAGAUCCACUGCAUGAAAAUCAUACCUUGGAUACAACUUGAGAGACUUUUCCUCGGAUACAGGCACAACAUCAGUAGAGGAGCAAAAUAAUGGCAAAAAUUAUUCUUAAGGUUGCUGUUUACUUCUUGGUACAUUAUUUUCUUUUUUCUGGAGUACGUUCAAGGUCUGUUCACGUCGAUCAAUCAUCGCAUAGACGAACAUACAGCAAUGGUUUGAUUGGACCCUCGAAUCAAAAUAUAUCCGAAGAUUUAAAAGAUAAUUCAACGACAGAAUUAAUUCAGAGCGAAGCUAAUGAUGGUCACGUAAAUUUUGCCUCAGUACUGCAACUGCGACUCAAACGAACUUCGCUUUCUUGCGUGGAAACCCGAAGACUUGAGUGGAACAACUGCUUAGGAAGGUACUUCUCCAAAAUUAAAUGCAAAAUUAUGAGUGUCGCUUGUUUGUCGGCAAACAAUGUCCCACCAAAGUGUAUGGAACAAUUUGAGAUACUUCCCGGUAGGAAUGGCCGACCUUGUAAGGUACUUAAAAGCUGCUCGUGUGCAGCCUAAUAUCAUAGGAUGUACAUAGUUAUAGCUGUAAAUAUUAUUUAACGCUCAUUUUAUCUAUGUUGUCCCCGAAGACACAGAACGAGUUUUGUUUGUAUGACUUCUCUAGGCAGGUUUCUUACGAUAAGGUUUUGCCGGAUUAAGCAAAAAUCACAAUUCCAGAGAGGAAUUGGCCUUCGGCUUACUGCUUUAUUUAAUAAUGCACUCGAAUAAGGUAAAUUGUAGCCAGCUCAACCAGGUCUAGUUACUAAAUAUUUAAUGCUGUGAGAUAAGUUACGUAAAGUAAAAAAAAAACAAAUAAAGUAUCAAUCUCUAGAGGCUUGGAUAACUCUAUAACAACAUCCCUCCUCACGAAAUCAACCAAAAAAUACAGCGAAUGUUAGGGACUUGAAAAGAAGGCCAAAACAAUUUUAUAUUGAUCGAGCAUAUCACCGGAUAAUUUUAGCACUUAAGUCGAUAAUCUUGGUCUUCUCAUGAUGAAAAAGAUGGCUUUCGAAUCAAAAUAUGUUACUGCUGGCGAAGAUUUUCCACAAAGACGAAGACGCCUUCGUUGUUUUCCUGCAAAAGUUUUGUUCCCACCAAAAUUGAAACCUUCUUUGAUCCAUCCCGGGAGAAGAAAGGCUCAGGGCGAAAUGGGAUCUAUUUAAUUUUCGCAUUUAAAUUAAGACAAUUUUUUCGAGUGGAAUUUUGAUCGAGUGGUUUUCGAGAGGAUAAAAUGGUACAAAAAUUCUAGGUUUAACUGAAGUGCAAUUUUCUCGUGACAUCGAAAAUGGGAAUAUUGGCUUGAAAUGUAUAAUAAUGUUUUAACCAUUCGAGUCAGAAUUAAUGCUCCUUCCUUCAGUGUAAACCAAACACAGUGUUAUUCAGUCGGCAAAUUAUGAAUCAUGAAAUUAGUCGCGUAGCAAAGACCAAUCAAGUAUUAUGCAGGUUUCACUGGUUGGUUACCGUACCAUCGCUUUUUUAUGCCCUGUUACGAACGGUAUUUUGCAGGCCCUCUUAACAUCAAAACUGUCAUUUCUUUCUCUAAAAUGA